AUGGAUAAAAAAAAUGUAAAAAUUACAAAUUAUGAAAAAAUAGAAGAUACACAAAAAAAUAAAAUUAAGAAUUAUAUUAUUGAGGAUAUUAAAAUUAAUAGAAAUGCAAGAUUACACCAAAAUGAGACAAUAUCAAAUAAUGAAAAGAAAAAUAAAUUAUAUAAUUCAAAUAAUAUAAAUAUAAUAAGAGGAAAUAUAAAUGUAGAAUAUAAUAAAAAUUCAUUAAGUAAUAAAAUGAUUAAUUUAACACAAAACAAAAUAUUAAAUGAUUUUUCAAAAAAUGAAAGUAAUGUUAAAAAUAGUUCAGGAGAGAAAAAUGCAAAAUAUAAUAUGGUUAUGAAAAAUAAGAGCAAAAUAUUAAAUGAUAAUUCACAAUCCAGUAAAGUUAAUUAUUCUGAUAAUAAUAACGAACAUCUUUUAUAUAAUAAAAAUGAAAAUACAGAAAAACAUUAUUGUGUUUCAGGAAAUACGAAUAUAAUGCUCUCAUGUGAUCAUAUUACUUAUAAAAAUGAUUUGAAUUUAAAAGAAACUAAUAAUUAUUUCGAUUUAAAUCGUAAGAGAAAAAUGGAUGUAGAAGAAAAAUUAAGUAGCAAAACAAAUAUUCAUAAUAAUAAAAUUAAAAAAUAUGAUUAUAUUAAUCCUAGUAUAUGUAAAAAUCCUAAUAUAUUUUUAAAUUCUAGUGAAAUGAGCAAAUUUACUAAUAAUAAAAAUAUAAAAAAUAAUAAUAAUGAUUUUCUUGAAAAAAUGGGAGCACUACAAAAUAAUUUAGAUAAAGUUAAAAUAGGAGAAUUAAGCAAAGAAAUAUUUAGUUUAUCAAAUAGAUCUUUAUCUAAUGAUAAAAAAAAUGAGGAAAAUGCUGAAUCAAAUAAUAUUAUAUCAAAUAUAAAGCGUCAGGGUAACAAUAAAACUUGUAAUAAAAAUAAAAGUAAAAAAACAGAGACAAAAUAUACUGAUAAUACUGUGCAAAGUUAUAAUAAUAUAAAAAGUAAUAAUCUUAAAUAUAUUAAAAAUGUAUAUGAUUAUGAUGAUGGGAAAUGCAUUGAAAAUAAAAAUAAAGAAAACAAUAAUAAUGAAAACAUUAAUAACGAAUGUAGUAGUAAAGAGAACAAUAAUAACGAAAACAAUUUUCUUCCUCUUAACAUUCAUGAAAAAAAUGAAGAAAACAUAGAACUAAAUAAAAAUUUUAUAAAUGAAGAAAAAUGGAAUUUUAAAGAAAAAAUUAAUAUGAAUGAAAGUAAAAAUAUAGUACAUGAUUAUUACCUAGAGAAUAAAAAUAGAUUUAAAAAAUCAAAUGAAUUAAUUGUUGAUAAAUUUUCUGAAAAUACAAUAAAUGAUUCAAUAUGUUCUACAUUAAAUAUCAACAAUAAAAAUGACUCUCACAGAAGAAAGGGUUAUAUCCAAGAUCUAGAAGUAGCUGGAGGUGAUAAUGAAAUUUUGAAAAAAAAAAAUGGAAACAAAGAAAUAAAUUAUUCUAAUUGCAAUUUUAGCAAUUCAGUAGAAGAUAAUGAUAAUUCUCAAAAAAGUCAUUACAUUAAUAAUAUCAUUGAUCAAAAUAAAAAAGAUUCUAUACAUGGUUUAAAUGAUAAUAAUAACGUAAAUAAUCAUAUAAAAUCAAAAGAGAAAUUUAUUAUAGAUUCUUACAAUUCUUGUAAUGGAAAUCCAAUAGUCGAUGAAAAAAAAACUAGUGAAAAAGUUUCUGUUAAUAUUUUAGACAUUUCUAAUUCUAAUAAUUUGACCGAACAAAAUAAAUUUGAAGGGAUAAAUUAUAAUAAGGGUACACUUAUUAAUUGCAUGAAACAAGAAAAUGAAAAUACCUCCAUAUAUAUUGAAAAUUCAUAUAACACAAAUAAAAAAUAUAGCAAAGGAAUUAUGAAUAUAAAUAAAGAUAAAGGAUGUAUCAGCAUGAAUGAUUUAAAUUAUAGAAAUAAUAGAAUAAAUAAUAAAGAAAUAGAUGGAAAUACAAAUAAUAAUUUCAAACAAUAUUCUGGAAUUUAUUAUGGUAAUUCUAUAAAUGAAAAAGAUAAUGAUAGCUCUCAUUUUAAUUUGAAUAAUGAAGAAUCUAAUAAAUGCAUUUCCAUGGGUACUAUUAAAAAUUUUAAUAGGAGUAAUGAUAUAUGUAACAGUAAUAAUGAAUAUAAAAGUUGUAUAUAUAAUAAAAUUAAUUUUAACAGAAAUGAGGAUAAAAAUAAGUUAAGUAAAAUGAUUCCAAAAGAGGAAAAUAUUAAUUGUAGCACUAACACAGAAAAUAUUUCCAAAGAGAAAAAAAAUUAUAGGAAUAUUAAUCUAUUUAAUGAAAUACAACAUAAAUAUAAGAAAAAACUAAAAGAAGAUUUAAAUUUAUUAAAAAGUGAAAAUAUGAAUAAAGAUAUACAAGUUAUUGAUAUUUGUUCUAAUAAGGAGCUAACAACAAUAGAAAGUAGAAACAUAAAAUUUUUAAAAGUUGAGAAAAAUAGUAACAAUGCAAAUAUUGAAAAUGAAGAAGGGUUAUUAAAAAAAGGAGUAAUUAUAAGAAACAAGCAAAAUUCUAAUGCAAAUUAUGAUAAAAACAAUUUUGAUGAUAGAAAUGAUAAAAAAAAACUUAUAGUUGAUAAAUGCAAAAAUUCUUCUUCAAUUAUUUGUUCUAAUACCAAUUUAGUUCUUAAUAAAAAGAUCAAUAGUGAAUUGAAGACUAUAAAGAAAAAUUUUAAGGCAAAUAAUAAAUCAAAAAUUUUAUCAAAUAAUAAAAUUAAUAGCUGUACUAUAUCGAAUACAUGUUCAUAUAAAACCAGUAGCAGCAAAUUUAGCAAUAAUAAAAAUGAUAAAUAUGUGUAUUCUAGCAGUAGAGCCAAGAAAAAUAAUAAUUCUAGUUCUUUUAUACAUAAGUUUAAUAAAAAAGUAAAUGAUAUAAAUAAUAUUACUAGCAGUUUAUCAAAUGUAAAUAAUGUAUUAGAAAAUAAUAAAUAUGCAAAUUAUAAAAAUAUGAACAAUAAGAAUUAUCCUAAAAAUUUAAAUGUGAAUAAAGAUAUAGGAAUUUACAAUAAACAAAACUUAAACAAUUUUCACUUAGAAAAAAAUAAAAGUGUUUAUUUUGCAUCGAAUGAAAAAGAACAAAAAAAAUUAAAUAAUUGUGGAAAUAAUGACAAAAUAGUAAAAUUGAAAAAUCAAAGUAUAAAAAACAUCGAUAAAACUAGCGAAGAAAUAAAAAAUAAAAAUUUAAAUGAUAAUAAAAUAAUUAAUGAAGAAAUAAAGAAUGAAAAUUUAAAUGAUAAUAAAAUAAUUAAUGAAGAAAUAAAAAAUGAAAAUUUAAAUGAUAAUAAAAUAAUUAAUGAAGAAAUAAAAAAUGAAAAUUUAAAUGAUAAUAAAAUAUAUAAUGAAGAAGUAAAAAAUAAAGAUAUUUUAAAUAACGGAGAAGUGAAAAAUGAAAAACAUGUAGAUAUUAAUAUUAACAAAAAAUUGGAAAAUAAUUUAAUUAAGAAAAAAGUUACUGAAAGUGAAAAAAUAAGUAAUAAUAGUAUUAGUGAUAAUUCUAGUAAGAGUUUGAAAGGUAAUAUAAACUUAAAAAGAAGAAAUGGCACAAAUAUUAAAAAUAUAAAUAGAUGGAAUAUAACAAGUUCAACUAAUGUAAAAUUAAGUAAUAAUAUAGAUAUAUAUAAGAAUAAAAAAAAAGUCAACAAAAAUAAUAAUAAUAAUAUGAUUAAUAAAAAUAAUACAAAUAUAUCUUAUAAUACUGAAUUUAAUAAAAGCAAACACAUUAUUUCUACUACUAUUACUACUAGUAAUAAUAACAAUAAUGUUAUAAGAAACAAAUAUAAAGCAAACAUUUAUAAUAAGAAAGAAUCGCACAUAAAAAGGUUAAAUAUAAUUAAUAGAGAAAAAGGAAAUUAUAUUGAAGCAAGAAAAAAAAAUAUAUAUGAUUACAAUAAUAAUAAAUGUAUUAACAAAAACAAUUUUAAAGAUAUUAUAAAUGAGGAAAUGGAAAAAUAUAAAAGCAGUAAAAAAUACAAAUUAAAGAGUAAUUCAAUACCUCCAAGUACUCAAAAAGAAAAUAAUAAUAAUAAAAAUAUAUUUAUAAAAAAUGGAAAACAAGUAGAGUAUAUAAAUAAAAAGGAGAAAAUUAAUAAAAAUAUUGUACUGAAAAAACAGAGCAAUAGUUGUGACAAUACUAACAAAUCCUUAGAAAAAAUAAAAAGAGACAAUUCCGAAAAAAAAUAUUCGAAUAGUUCAUCUAAUAAUGAAAAAAAAGAAAUUUCAUAUUUUGAAUGGCUAGCUAAAGAAAAAAAAAAAAAAGAGGAAGAAGUAGAAAGGCAAAAAAAAAAAAUAAAUGAUGCAAUAAAUGAGGAAGAAAAUUUAAUGUUACAACCAUUGUCUGCAUUUAACUUAAAACAAAAUGAAAAAAUUUAUGAGCAAGGUGAUUUUAUAGUAGAUAAACAUCCCAUAGGAAAUGGAAGAACAGGAUUAGUUUUUAAAGCUAUAAUAAAAAAAGAAAAUGAAAAAGUAGCAUUAAAAGUAAUGGCAAAAGAUACUAUUUUAACUCUAAAUAUAGAAAGACAAGUUUUAAAAGAAAUAAUUAUUCAAGCUAGUUUAAAACAUAUAAAUAUUUUGCAGUUAAUUGCAUAUUUUGAAGACAAAACUCGUUUAUUUUUAAUUUUAGAAUUAGCAAAUGGUGGUUCUAUAAGAAAUAAAAUGAAAUUAAAAUCACAACCAUUGAAAGAAGAACAAGUAGCAUUAUAUGUUUAUCAAAUUGCUGAUGCUUUAUCAUAUUUACAUAAUUUCAACAUAAUUCAUCGUGACUUAAAGCCUGACAAUAUAUUAAUUCAUUAUUCUGAUGAAUAUUCAGAUAAUAAAAUAUACAAAUAUGGAAUUAUUAAAUUAGCUGAUUUUGGAUUCUCUUGUCAAUUAAAAAAUAAAAGACAAAAAAGAAGUACCUUUUGCGGUACUGUCGAUUAUAUGCCACCUGAAAUUAUUAACCAAAUGCCUUAUGACUGUAAUGUGGAUCUUUGGUGUCUAGGUAUAGUUAUUUUUGAAUUGUUAGUAGGUUUUCCUCCUUUUACUGAUGAUACUCAAGAGAGAAUAUUUAAUCAAAUUAAAGAACUAAAUUUUCAUUUUCCUAAAACAGUUUCUUUGACGGCUCAAGAACUAAUUUUAAAAUUAUGCAGUAGAACUGCUGAAGAAAGGAUUUGUGCUGAAGAAGUGAAGUCACAUCCCUGGAUAAAACAAUUUUUAUAA